AUGGAUCAACGUGCUAAAAGAAAGGCCAUUGCAGUACUUCUGCUGUUGAGACUCAGAGGAAGGCAGAGGAAGACGAGAACGUGGAUUCACCCCAUGAACCAGAGAAGAGCGCAGUUUGGAGCCUACUACCACCUAGUGGCUGAACUCAGGACUUAUCCCAAAAAACAUCUCCAAUAUUUCCGAAUGUCUGUGGAACAAAUGGAUCAACUGCUCUCCAUUAUUGGUCCCACAAUCCGCCGCCAGGAGACCAACUACAGAAGGAGUGUGUGUCCUUCCCAAAGACUGGCAGUAACAUUAAGAUUCCUGGCCUCCGGUGAAAGUUUCACCAGUCUGGCCUUUCAGUACAGACUUGCUGUGACACCGGGGAAAAGCCUACAGCUGUGUCCCCCGGGAAAAAAUGCCCACAGCUGUGACCCCGCUGCGCGACUCUCAGCGCUUCAAAAGACGCGUGCGGGGGAUAAUGCCCCCAGUGACACAGUCUCUCUGGACCAACUGGUCUCAAACCUGUUCAGUCAGCUGCAUGAGUUUGAGGAGGACCUGUUCCACUGGGGACACCCACCAGGGCUUCGGCAACUCCCUCAACAUGAGGCUACCCACAGCGGUGGUUACAUUCAGCUGCAAACUGUGGAUCAAGAGGAUGUUUCUGCUCAGAUUCAAGCUGAAAACUUGCAUGCAGAGGGCAAGGCUGCGUGCAGAAGUCUGGAUCAGCCAAUCAGUGAGCUUGAAGUCCUCGGAGAGAGACGUGAGGCGUUUCAGGAUCAACUGAAGGAGUUUGAAAACGUGACGGAACAGAACUCUUGUUUGGUCCAAAUAAACCAACGCCUGGAACUGGAGCUGCAACAAGUCACAGAGAAGUAUCAGCAGAGUCAGAGUGAGCAGAUGGAGGCGUACAGACGUCUGCGAGAUCUGCAGCUCUCACAAGAGAAAGACAUACAGCAUAAGUGUGAGGAGCUCCAGAGACUUCAGAAUAAGUUAGAGCAAAAGAAACUUCAGCACAGGUUGGAGGAGAAAGAAAGAGUUUGCCAAAGUCUAGAGCGACAGAUUAAUCUAGAGCAAACCAAGGACAAGCUGCUGCAGAGUGAGUUUGUAUGUCAGGACCUGCUUCUCUCACACCAGAAAGCCCAGCAGGAUAGUGAGAGGGAAAUCCAAAACUGGAAGAUAGAGGCGCUGACAGGGGAGCGAGAGGACUUUGAAGAGGUGAAGGAGGAGUACUCUAGGAGGAGAGUCCAACAGCUUCUGUUCUGCUACAGAUGUGUUUGUUUUGGGAUGUCUGCCGUACAGUGGAAGAUCCAGACAGAGCAAACGCAUCAGCAAGACACAAAGAGGAAGGACUCUCAGCCUGAAACCCACCUCACAAAUUCCGGACGAGACUAA